AUGACUCCUCAUCUCUCAUUAUUUCAUAAUUGUACUCCACCUCCCUUUCCCAUUACUGUUAAUGCUGCUAAUGGGUCUUGUAUGUCUGGUAUAUCUGUUGGGUCGAUCCUAUCAUCUGCUAUGUUUGCUGUCUCUAUUCCAUCAGUCUUAUAUGUUCCUCAGUUAUCUAUCAGCCUAUUAUCAAUCGGUCAGCUUGAUGCCUCUGGUUUCGAUGUUAUCUUUUCUUCUUCUAUCUGUUUUGUACAGGAUCGGAUGUCUAAGCAGCAGAUUAGGACCGGCCGUAGCGUUACAGACCUCUAUGUGGUGGAGAGCUUGCAUCUGGACUUAAGUUUCAACAAUCUGGUUGGUGAACUUCCAACUUUUGCAAGCGACAAUUUGAAAUAUAUAUAUCUCAGGGGAAAUAUGCUCAACAAUUCAGCGCUGGGAUGGUUCACUAAUAUUUCAAAUUCAUUCGUGGAUAUUUCUGAAAACAAAUUCCCAAGUUUACCCUUACCAGAUAAAAGCAUUACUAAAAACUGGAACUUGUUUUCAUGCUGCUCUAAUAUAACAGACAUGCCUAUUGAAGCAUGGGGACAACAAGACUACCAUUGCGACAAUAAAAAACUAAAAUAUGAUCACCUGUACAUAAAUUGUGGCGGUGGAGUAGCAUCAAUCAAUGGAACUGAAUAUGAAGCUGAUAACGAAACUCUUGGAGGUUCAAAUUUCUUUUUUAUAUUAUAUAAGGAAUAA